AUGAAUGAUAAAAAAGAUGGAAACAAGGAUAAGGAUGACCCGUUAGAUAUUAGUUCAACAAAUUUCAGUAGCGAGGCAUAUCUAAAUGAUUUAUUUCGGAAGAAAAAUUUGGAUGAAUUGGUUCAAGUAGAAGAAGAUAUGAUUCAUAAUGUUAGAAGGCUUGAUUCUGAAAUGCAACAGCUUGUCUACGAAAAUUACAACAAAUUCCUCACAGCAACAACCACGGUGAAGAAAAUGCAAAAUGAUUUCAUGGAAAUGGGCCAAAAAAUGGAGAACUUAUCGAAACGAAUGGGCAAAAUAGCAACAUUGUCGAAGGAUCUUUCUUCAGUAUUUAGCAAGCAUCGUGCAAAUGUAUCACAACUCUCUGAUGCUAAUAAAAAAAUGAUGGGCUUGCAGUUUUUGCUAUGCUUGCCACAAAAGUUACAAGCCUUAGUCGAGGAGAAGAAUUACGAGGAAGCAGUGAAAAUUUAUUUAAAGGCACGACCAUCUCUUUCACUCUGCAAAGACAUACCUUCAAUUUCUGAUAUUUACGAUGAAGCAGUUACUAUAAUGAGCACAGUUGAGGACCAGUUGAAACAAAUCGUUUGUGGUUGUCUCAUUUCAUCUGAUGAACUUUCACAAGGAAUAAGUUUACUCCUUAAGUUGGGCGUUCAAUCGUCGACUGUUUACAAUGAUUUUCUGGACAGUUGCAAGCGUAAUUUAAGUGAUCAGCUUAAAGCAAUGCGAACACAGAGACAGGAUGCAGCAGAUGUUCUGGAAUUUGUGGAUAAUUGUUGCAGCACCUUCUUAACGGAUUUGUCAUUAGUCACAACAAUAAAUCAACGUUUUUUCCCAAAUGAGGUAAUAGCUGGUAAUGUAAAUGAAUUGAUGGACUCGCUAAUGAAUCAGUUUGAGGAAGUUGUUAGGGUGCGUUUUUUGAAAGAAACAGAUGCUGCAGAAUGCGCUAUUGUUGUACGGGCUCUUGAUCGUUUUUACCGUCGUAUGUCAUCCUGUAACCAACUUAUACGUGGUAUGGAUUAUUUUCCAUUGUGUAUUUCCAUGUUAAAUAUCGUUUCAAGGCAUGAAAUAGAACUCGCACAAAGUCAAGUUGUGGAGCGUGUUGGUUCGUCUUUGCAAGAGAUUCAAGAAGAACUAACUGCGCCGGAAAUAUCUUUUUCGAAUAAAGCAGCACUAAGCGACAUAAUUUCUCGAUUGGAACAUUCCCUUCUUGUUCAAAUCAAAACAGCUCUUGCGUCCUUGCUUCUUUUCACCGCUUCUGAUAUGACGUUUUCAUCACUUGAUCAAGUUCAAUUUUCGCUUGGUUUUGGUAUUGAUGUUCACGAAUUAUUGGUUGUAAAAUCUCUGGAUGAGAUAGCUCAAUUAGGUCUGAAGUACUGUGACGUUAUGAAUCAAGCGAUGCCACCAUUACCCUUUGUUUACAUCGUUUUAGCACAAUUUUUCAUCAGCAUCGAAAGUCACUCUGUGGCUUAUAUCAUGAAUUUGUGUCAGGAGCAAUUCAGAUUGGUAGCAGAGAGAGAAAAAGGAGAAAAAUCACGGUUGAGCUCGGUUGAAAAAGUGAGAGUUCGCUUACGCACAGCUGCUUAUGAACUUCUAAAAUAUUACGUCUAUCUUCAAGGAAUUAAUACUUCCGAGGUUCUAAUACGCAGUAUUGAAUCUCGAGAUUGGUUAAGUUGCGCUGAACCAACAGCAGUCAGAUCUGCUGUGAAGCAUUUUAUCGACGAUUUAGCUUCCAUCGAUUCAGCUAUUAAGCCCUUUAUGGAUGAGGGUACUCGUAAAGAACGGCUGUUGGAAAAUAGUUCUUCCCGUUCGCACUCAAGGCGAACAUUCGACACAUGCUCAAUUAGCUCAGCAUUGGAUAAGUUAUGGUCCGAAAGGAUAGAUUUUUGUACAAAUGUGGAAUUCAAUCGAAUGUCGAUCUUAACGGCCAUUGUUAAUAUUGCCUUGAAAUCCUUUCUUGAAUGCGUCCGGCUGCAGAUUUUUUCCAGAUUUGGUUUGCAACAAAUCCAGGUGGAUUGUUGCUUUUUGCGGCAGAAUUUAUGGCGCCAUUUGACAGAUGAACAAAUUGCGCUUUCAUUAAUCGAUGAAAUUAUUUCGUCAGCAGUACAUCGUUCAAUAGAUCCAAAAUUGAUGGAACCUGUUGCUGCUAAAGCCUUAUGUAGUCGUUGA